AUACCCGGGUAGCUUUUCGACUGCAUAACAUAAACGUACAACAAGUUCUCGUUUGACAGCCGUUACAAAACGGAUAGCAUUCAAAGUGCAGUUGGAAAGCAAUGGCUGAAACAAAUAAAACGGGUUCUAAACAACAAUUUAUCGAUGCAUAUACUGUUUUGGUACAAGGAAUAAGUGCAGCACGGUUCGAAGAGUUCAAAGCAUUCUUCGCCAACGACUCUGACUACGAGCUAGCGGUACAGGAAUUUCGCAACGGAUUCAAGGAAGCGCUUCUAUCGAAGGUAAACAGGCUGUGGGAUGAAACCGACAUCGAUAGCAAUGUAGAGCUGUUGGAAUUGUUGAAAAGUAAGGCGAGUGGAAGGACGGCCAAAAUGUGGCGUCCCACUGGGAAACCCGUCAGUGAACAGGUUCUUCCACUGACUGUAAACAAACUGAAGACUUCGCUAAAGUUUUUCCACCUUCAGCUGGAAUUUCAAAAACAAAGAACGGAGGAACUUAUUUGUGAAAUCGAAACAAAGCGAACAAAGUACCGAACAAUGCAGACGCGUCGAAACCAUUUACUGCAGCAAAUUGCAAAUGAAACGAAAACGUUUGAAUCCACUCGUGCCCAACAGAAAAGCCUCGAUCAAAAGGUUAACGAUGAUUUACUAUUAUGAUUAUGCUUCCGAUAAAGCGAAACGGCUCCAAAUAAACGAUGCACAUCAAGUACUGGCUUCAUUCAGGUAGGAUAAA